AUGGCCAAGGCCCUCGGCGGGCCCGGCGACGAGGGUAAGACAAACCCGGAGGAGCUCUUCGCGGCCGGUUACGGCGCGUGCUUCCAAAGCGCCAUGAACGCCUCAGCGGCGAGCAUGAAGAUCCAGAUGCCCAAGAAACCCGAGGACUCGGUCGUCGAGACGACGGUUCAUCUCGUCGGCGACAUGAAGGGGCUCGAUAUGGGCCUUCGUGUCGAUAUGAAGGUCCGCGUCAAGGGGUUGAGCAACGAGGAGGUACAGAAGGUCGUCGACAAGGCCAAGGAUGUAUGCCCGUACAGCCGCGCAAUCAAGGGCAACGUGGAGACGAACAUCAAGGUUGUGAAAUUCGACGAUAACGGAAGUUCUUCAAAGCCGAAGACAAAUGUCAACUCGGGAGACACGGGAAAAUCUGACAGCAAGCCUGAGGGCAAGUCUGAGAGCAAGUCUGGGAAAGAGUCUGGCGAAGUGGAUGGCGUGAGACCGACAGGCCACAGCGACUACCAAUGA